CACAUUCUGCUUACGUUUUUGUUGAUAUUGUUAUUAGUUUGUUUAUAACAUAAGUGGUGGUACUUUAAAUUCUUUACAAUUUAAUAGUUUUUUGACUUCGUUCACCACACUUACGCGCGCUGAUCGUAGUUAAGCCCAAACGCCCGAUAAGAUAACCCUGCAACUUCCUUAGUUAUUGACACAAUUCGCCCCUCCUUAUUCGAGUACCUCGCUUAAGUCGGAUCAUUGCCUUUCAAAUCUUAAUCACUCAAAAUCGGUGCACUCGCCUGGAUUCAAAUCCCGGUUAUCCCGUAGGUGUAGUGACUCAAGUGCCUCCCAUAUGCACAGAAAGCAUGGCCGUGCUCCUCGAAAACGUGACAAAUUGCGUGUGGCAAGCCUUUGAUGCCCUACAACAGGACAAGUCCGGAUACGUCCACAAGUCCAAACUUAAGGUUCUGACCGCGAAUAUUGGCACGAUCUUGGAUUUGUACGGGGUUGAACGGGGGCUGGAGCAUUUCCGGAGCACCCCCACCUUAAACUUCGACCAGUACAGGUUUUACUUGCAAAAGGAAGUGUUCUCGUCCUUACCCAACAAACUCCCAUUGGCGGAACUGCGCGACUAUGAGGCCCGCAUUGGCGAAGUUUGCUGGCUGGUGUGUCGGAAAAAAUUCGUUCAGAGAGACAAUAAAGUUUUGGCGGACGAAUCCCUUUUCCAAAUUUUCCGGAUUUUCUGUCUUUUGGGCGACUUGAUCCGCGACCAACACAACGAGGACACUUACCAAGUCCUCCUGCACCCUUCCGAAGUCUACAACAUCGCCCAAACUUUGGCCAACUCCCUGGGAUGUCCCUGGGACGAGGAGGAUUUCACCAACUUGUCCAUCUCCAUGGGGAGUUUCCGCCUAACUCCCUUCAUCGCCGUUCUCGAAUCUCGAUCCUUGGUCGGAGUCAAGGACCAUUUCGCAAUUUCGGAAGCUGUAACCGACAUUUACCAGACCCUCGUCGAAGACGUCAUCAAGAAAGGUUACUUGACCAAAAAAGGCUACAUUUUCCCCACAAUGCGCGAAUAUUGGUUCGUGCUCCGGCCUUCAGAACUAAGUUAUUACAAAACACGUUCGGAGAAGGACCGUUGCGGCUCACUCCCCAUCGAGCCCGGAAGCCGAGUCGAGGCCAAAUCCGGGUACCGGAUCAUCCUCCACACCCCGGAACGGAGCUUCGAGUUGGGAACCACCGACCACAUGACUCGAGUCCAGUGGAUCUCGGCUCUCCAACUCGCAGCUGACCAUUCCGGGGGCUGCCAGAGCUACCAAAGACUGCAAGUCGCUCGGCGAAAAAUGCAAAGGGCUGGAAGGAUCCAGGAAAUGAUGAGGGCUAGAGCACAACUGCAGCAGGAACGCAGUGCGCGGCAAGCAGCCGAAGGGCAGGCAAAGGAGUUGGAGGCCGUUGUGAAGGAAGAAGCGCGGAAAUUGACCGACUUGGAGCAAAUGAGAGCAAAGUUGGAACGACUACUUGAGGAGGAAACGCAAGCGAAGCGUGACGAAGAAAUUGUGCGAGCCCUCCAAGCUAGAGUUUUAGCCGAAGAGUGGGAGAAACGGGAGGAGUUGGAGCGGCUCCAGGAGGAGCAACGAACUCUUCUGGAGGAGGAACGUGGCAAAAGGAAGGAAUUUGAGGAGUUGCAACGUGAAAAAGAACAACAAUUGCGAGAGGCGGAAUCGCGCUUGGUUCAGUUGGAAAAAGAACGGGAGGCGCUAGACGUCCAGUUAAAACUGGCCCACGACAAAAUUAAACUCUCAGAAGACCGUAGAGAACUAAUGGAAGCGAGGUUGUACCAAGUGGUACCGCUCCGGGAAGGUGACCGGGUCAGACGAGCUCAUUCCUUCAUGCCCAGCACGAAAGAACGCCCAGUUUUGUUAGAAGUGAGAGCUUCCACUCUAAGACGCUCCAAAAAUUGAACAAUGCUCAUUCCAUUUUUUAUUGUGACACUAAUAAAUAUUUUCGUAAUCAA